UUCCGCUCUCUGUGGUGCGCUGCUAUUGAGCUUCCGGCAGGCUGUCUGCCUGGUACCCGACUUCCCCAUUAGCAGCUCCGGCCUGGGUGUUCUUCCCGAAAUGAGUUUGGUGAUUAAGAAUCUGCAGCGGGUGGUCCCCAUCAGAAGAGUGCCACUUCGCAGGAAGAUGGAUUUGGUCAGGAGUAUUUUAGGAGUGAAGAAAUUUGACCUGGGCAUCAUCUGUGUUGACAACAAAAAUAUUCAACACAUUAAUAGGAUCUACAGGAAUAAAAAUGUCCCAACUGAUGUGCUUUCUUUCCCAUUUCAUGAGAACCUGAAAGCAGGUGAAUUUCCUCAGCCAUCCUCACCAGAUGAUUAUAAUUUGGGAGACAUUUUCCUAGGAGUGGAGUAUAUCUUCCAGCAGUGUAAAGAAAGUGAGGAUUUCUACAACAUCCUGACGGUGACAGCCACCCAUGGACUCUGUCAUCUUCUGGGCUUCACCCACAGCUCCGAGGCUGAGUGGCAAAAGGUAGGAGUAGUCCCUGUGCCAGAGGCUGUAUGCUACCCACGGAGGUCACCCUAA